AUGAUGGAAUAAAGAACUGUUACAGAAGCCAGUCAAGAUGAAGAAGAACAGAAUAAAAAGAAAUUUAUCUAUUAAACUGAAAAACUCAAACUGCUUUUAUAAGUACCGAUUGAGCAAAGAACUCAACCAAUCUGUAAGGAUAUUGCUGAGAUUGCUUAAGUAAAUCUCCUUAAAUAUAUAUUUACUUUAGUAAAUUAAAUUCCUUUCCCAAUACAAAUAAAAACCAGACUUCUUAGAAUUAUGUAAAAAUCUCUAUCUCAAAACAUAUGAAAAACGAUAAUAUAUCUUUAAAUAAGGUGAUUAAGGGGAUGCAUUCUAUGUUAUACUGAAUGGAAGUGUUAAAGUUUAUAUUGAUGAACCAACAGAAUUUAAGAAUUUCAUGCAACUUGUAAGAAUAGUUUAUUUUAUAUAGAAAGAAAUAGCUUAAUUGGGUAAAGGUGAUGCUUUUGGAGAAAUAUCUUUGCUCUAUAAUUCAAAGAGAACAGCAACUGUAAUUUCAAAUGAGAGAAGUGACUUAAUAGUUUUAGAAAAAGAUGCAUUUUAAGAAUAUAUGAAAACUAUGGAUAAUACAAAUGAAAUGAAAACAGUUGCAUUAAAUAAACUACUAUAAUUUUUAGAAUCUCUUCCAGUAUUUCAAAUGUUUAACAAAGAUUUACUUGUUUAAUUAUGUACAAAAUGUUAAAUAUAAAUGUAUCCUUCUUAAUAAAUACUAUUGAAAUAAGGGGUAGAACCAACAUAAAUGUAUAUAAUUAAAAGUGGAAGAGUAAAAGCAAUUAAAAAAAUUAAAUGGAAUUUAGAAGAUUAUCCAUCUUCAUUAAUAAGAGGUUAAACUACAAGCAGCACUGAUUUAUUUAAUUAAGAUGUCUAUUUUGAAAUUGAUGAAUUGGGAGAUGGUGAAAUCUUUGGUGAUUUUGCUUUAUUAAAUGAAGAAGAAUCAUAAUGUUCUUAUAUUACAUCUAUUCCAUCUGAGAUUGUUUCAAUUAGUUCAUUUAAUUUAAAAAUGAUUAUACCUUCUGAUAGAUUGGAGGCAUAUUAAAAAUAAAUUAAAUAAUAUCCUGAAGAUGAUGAUCUAAAAUUAUUAUAUGAAGAGAAGAGAAAUUGGAAUUAAUAUAAAAGAAAAUUGAUAAAAAAUAUUUAUGUUGAUAAGUAAAAUAAAAAGGGAUUUGAUAAUAGAUUAAGACUACCAGAAUUAAAAGGUAAAUAAGCUUUACCUCCAAUUAAUAUUAUUGAUAUAAAAACAAGUGAUAAUAGAACAUAUUUCAAAUAUUUAGAAUCUAAAAUAUCUCCUAUGGCUGAAUGUAAAAAAAAAGUUUAAUCAUUAACUCAAGUUGGAUUGAGUAUGCAAGGUUUAGUGAAAUAAUUAGAAUAAAAUACUAAUCAAUUAAGUAUAGCUAAUUCCUUUUAGAGAAAAUUAAAGAAACUCAACAUUAAUAGAUCUUAAUGA